AUGCAACAAUAUCCAAAUACCCAUUCAGCAUUCGUCGCUGAACAUGGCAUUCUCUACAAACUCAUUGAUACAUAUUCAGGAAGAACAGAGAAGAAAAUUCCAUGGGUACCAAAAUCUAUGAUUAAAGAUUUAUUAUAUUCAGCAAAUACUCAUCCAACAGCCGUACAUUACGGUUCUGAUCGUACUUAUUAUAAAUUGAAGAACCAUUAUUAUUGGCCGAACAUGUUAAAUGAUAUUAAACAAUAUGUCAAAGAAUGCUUAUUAUGUACUCAACACAACAUUCCUCGACAUAAACCACCUGAGCUAUUAGAAACACCAGAACCACCAAGUGAAGUAUUUGAACUAGUUGGGAUGGACUUUUGGGAUCCAACACGUGAUGCUACUAGUAAUGGUAAUCGAUACAUCAUCACCUGUACCGAUCAUUUAUCAAAAUUUGUUGUUGCUAAAGCUGUACCAACAGCAACAGCAACUGAAGCAGCUAAAUUUCUUGUUGAAGAUGUUAUAUUUAGAUAUGGCCAUAUUCCGAAACAUAUUCUUACUGAUCAAGGUUUACAUUUUAACAACCAACUGAUGCAAGCGAUUACAAAUGAUAUUGGAAUUAACCACAUUUUCUCAACAGCAAACAAAUGGAAUCAUUUAAAAUUGAAUAAUUGGAACGAAUACUUAUUACCCACUAUCUAUGCUUACAACAUCGGACAGCAUCGAACAACAAAAUAUUCACCCUAUCAACUACUAUAUGGAAAAGAUCCUGUUUUACCAUUUGAUAAACCUCAGUCGAUGGUGCAAUUUGCAAGAUCAAAUCAUUAUUAUAAUCAAUUUCGUGGCUAUCGUUCCUUUCUCAUUCACCAAACUCAGGAACAUAUUCGUCAACAACAACAAUCAACAAAACAACGUUACGAUCAGCAUCGUCAGAACAUUCAAUAUCAAAUCGGCCAACUAGUAUUAACCAAACCAGCAGUAAGGAAUGAUAAAAUGCAAGCAAUAUUUGAAGGAUCAUAUCGUGUUAUUAAUGUGCUUGGACCUGUUACAUAUCAAAUUCAGCUAGAGCAUUCGGAUUAUGUCAGACAAGUGCAUAAUCAAACAAAUCCUCAUAAUAUUUUGACACAAACAAAUAUCGGUGUUCCGGAUGAAGUGCGUAUUCAGCUAACAAGCAAUGAAAAUUUGAAACGAAACAUCCGUCGUUGGCGACAAGAAGAUAACGCUGUAUCCACACCAAUAGACAUCAACUUUCCAAUUAUUCCAAAUAAAUAUCAUCGAACAACACGUGAUACAAUAUUUUUCCGUAAAGAUACUGGUCCUGGUUCAAAUCGCUUAUUAAUAUUUUUUACCGACGAGCAACAGAAUAUAAUGGAAAAUGCAACGAUAGAAAAUGAACAAUCACAAUCGAAGUUGCCGUUGAAUGAUCAUAAUUAUUAUUUAUUAGUUAACAAUGAAACAACUAUUACAACAACAACCACAGAGACAAUAUCAGAUAUAACAACAACUCCCACUCGUCAAAAUCAUCGGUCACAGUAUUUGGAAGCAUGGGAAAAGAAGGUGGAAGCUUUAUAUAAAACGUACGUAUUCGAUUUAUUGGGUGGACGACGUGAACAGUUAAUGUGUUGGUUUUACAAGAAGGUGGAUGAAAAUGAGGCAAUAACAAUGCGUUGUGAACUGUGUGAAAAAUUUAACAAGAUAAAAAACUGUAAUAGCAAACCCUAG